UGGUGAAACUUGUGAAAGCAUUCCACUACAACCUGCUUAUGUACACUCUGAACUCAGAAGAGCAGUGUCCUACAACACUGAGCAACCCAGGCCAAGUCGGCGUCAUCCAACUAUAGAACUUGGAUUGUUGGAACGAAUUCGCGACGCCUCUGUUGAACCAAGCUGCAAUACAACUAUACUCAUUUUAGUUGUACACGGUGGCAGUGUACUAGAUGCGUCCACUGAUGUUGCAGUACGUAAAUCAGAUGUUACAACUCUCCGAGGAGCGUUUGAAUCUAUCAUGAGACAACAUUACCCCGGAAUGGUCGGCCAUAUUGUUAUUAAAUGUGUUCCGUGUCCAAACAUCUGUUCCGAGGCACUGGCGAUUCUAAAUCAUCUUAGUCCAUACAGUUUCAAUGCAAGUUCUGGUUAUGAAAAUGAUAGAGUUCCUAUUGGAGCAAUUACCCUAUUUGCCACAGCUUCACCCAGAUACCAGGAUUUCGUAAAUCAGACAAUUGUCUCUGCCAACAGGGUUUAUCAGGAUUUUCUUGGUUCUGAGGAAGGAGCCGGGUUCACAGGACCGGUUUGUAUGAUUGGAGACUCCAUGGGCGCCAUCUUGGCGUAUGAUUCGCUUUGCCGCAACAUCCGUCGGCCGGGCAGCGAGACUAGUUUAUAUGAAGAACGGGAGUCCGUGUCAAGUCCUCCAAGUCCGCGAUUACAAGCGCCUCCAGAUUAUAUGCGUGCACACUCCGAUAUUCCCUCUUCUACGUACCACAAUCAUAACAGGCUCUCUACCAGUUCCCAUAGUCCUAGAAUCAGUGAAUCAACAAACGAUGUUUCAUUACAUUUCGAGGUUGCGGAUUUUUUCAUUUUUGGUUCACCCAUCGGAACACUACUCGCCUACAGAAAAGUUCAACAAACUCGGGAUAAUCCAGGUUCUCAAUACAUCAUACCCCGUCCUAACUGUACACAGACUUCUUUAAGGCAUUUGACUUUAAGUAAGAACAGACUUGCUUGUUUACACCAAGAUAGGUAUCAGAAGUAUCCAAUGGGAGAUGGUAUCAUUAUUAUCAUUGUUAUCAUUGGUUUUAUUCUCAGGCAGAUACUUAACCAGGAUCUGCUGCCAGCAAGCUCGGAUCCAGACUCUGAUCUCAAAUCAUUUGUUCCAAACCAGGCUCGUGAGAAGUGGAUUAAGAAAAGAACCUCUGUAAAAAUCAGGAACGGAGCCGCCAAUCAUCGAGGGAACGAUGUGGUUUCAUUGGACGGACGAGAUCCGGUUCUACAGGUUCCUUUGCACUCUAAUACCGCCAUCAUACGCUUGAUUACAACUUUGCACUCUAAUACCGCCAUCAUACGCUUGAUUACAACUUUGCACUCUAAUACCGCCAUCAUACGCUUAAUUAGAACUUUGCACUUUAAUACCACCAUCAUAUGCUUGAUUAGAACUUUGCACUCUAAUACCACCAUCAUAUGCUUGAUUAGAACUUUGCACUCUAAUACCGCCAUCAUACGCUUGAUUACAACUUUGCACUCUAAUACCGCCAUCAUAUGCUUGAUUACAACUUUCCACUCUAAUACCGCCAUCAUACGAUUGAUUACAACUUUGCACUCUAAUACCGCCAUCAUAUACACUUGAUUACAACUUUGCACUUUAAACCGCCAUAAU